AUGAAAAAGAAAAGUAUGUAAAAUAAGCAGUUGAGUAAUAUAAAAAAUAAUUGAUUGAGAAUCCUAAUUUAAUAUAAGUUCCUAUAGAUUCAGAAGAAGAGGAAGAUUUAGAAUUAGAAUUAAAUGAGCAAUCGGGAUCUUAAGAAGAAGAAGAUUAAGAUGAUCAAUCAUAAGAAAGACAAUAAUAGUAGAAUCAAAAUUAAUAAUUACCUUAACCUAAAGAUAUGAAUGAGGCAUUAAAAGAAUAUGAAUAAAAGAUUGUACGUAAAUUACUAAGCAAAACUGAAAGCAGCAGUAUUAAUAUUAAUCAAUUGAUGGAUCUUAAAAAAUAUGUUGAUUGCAAUUUACCCUUAUGGUAUAUGGUUCUAAUGGUUGAUAAAUAUUUUAAAUUAAACAAUACAUUAAUUGAUACCAUUAGAUAUAAUGAUCUUUGUAAUUAUUCUGGAUUCAAUUAAUAUGCUCUUGAAACUGGAGAUAUGUAUCCUCAAUAAAAUGAAGUUAUGACACUUACAUAAUUUAAAGAAUAUCUUAUGAGUUUCUUUUCUGAGUAGGAGGCUGAAGAUAUUGUAACUGAAUAUAGCUUUUAACAACAAAUGGUCAAUUUUGAAUAAUUUUACUAAUUCAUUGAAAAUAACAUUGCUUUGUUUCCAAAAUGA